GUUUGAGGUCAACGUAUUUCUUGUGGCUUGACCCGCCUAGACGACUUGGAACGCGCAAUUUCCUUGCGCAGGAAGUCGCAGGAGUGCUCGCUUUCUCGCAUGAACAUCUAUGUCCAUUGAAGAAGAAGAGGACAGCCAAGAGACGGGGAGACAGAAACACCAGUUCCAUCGCAUUUUGAUGAGGAAAUAUUGCUAGAGACGAUAAUGUUGACGAAGAAAGGUGGCAGCCCUGCGCUGUUGAAGUUAUCAGGGCGACAGUGGGGAAGGCGCAUCAGCGCGCAACUGCGCCAGCACCCGUCGCAGAUGCUGUCAGCUGGAGCUCUGCGCCGCAGUGCGAAUUCGACGGCAGCGAAAGGGGAGGAUCAAGAUGGAAAUCACCCACGUGGAUCACCGGAAGUCGGAAAGGGAUGCACAUUGUUGAGGUUGGGAACAUCAGCGGAGACUACCAAGUCGCACAAGGUCGACCAACAUUGUUGACGACGAGGGGAGAGUCCGCACAGCAGCGCAGCCAUUUCUCGACCACAGCACAGAGAACUGAGGAUGACUUCAAGGAAGAUCGCAAGCACCAACGGCCGCAGGGGGAAGAUGCCCAGCCCACAUUGUUGAUGAAGAUGGGAGAGUCGGCGGCGACCACUUUAGCAUCGGUGCUGGUCUUGGGUUUAGGAUUUGCCGUCGCAGGAUACGUUUACCAUAAGUCGUACAAGUAUUUCCAACUGAGCAAGAUCAAGAACGCAUUCGAGCCGGGCGACCCCGUUCUCGAGCUUGCUGCUAUUGGAAAGGAGAUCCCGGCGCCUCCUAAUUCGGAACAUUGGAUCAUGAGACGCGAGCAAGAGAGAAUCGAUGCGAUUGUACGAGGUGAUGAGAAAGGCCACUAUUUUCUGGUAAUGGGCGAGAAGGGGAGUGGCAAAAGUAGCAUGUUGCUGGAGGCAAUGCGCAAGAUAGACGGUGACGGCUGCGCCAUGUUCGAGGCUCAUGCCGACCUGGAAAUUUUCCGCAUCCGACUAGGAAAGGCUCUUGAUUAUGAGUUCCACGAGGACUACAUCGGUGGCUACUUCAGCGAGCGAGGUCCAAGAGACACGACGGCGCUCUUAGAUAUCGAGAGAGCGCUGAAUAAGCUGGAAAAGGUGGCACUUCAGCACCGAGCAGAGAAGAACAAACCCUUAAUCAUCAUCAUCAAUCAGACUCAUCUAAUCCGAGAUGACGAAGAUGGAAAAGACUUGCUGGAGUUACUACAGCAAAGAUCAGAGCAAUGGGCCGCUUCAAACCUCGUCACUAUGAUCUUCAACACCGACGACUAUUGGAUAUAUGAGCGAUUCAAGCAGCUGGCCACUAGAAUGGAAGUCCUCUCAGUGACUGACUUGCCUAAAGACCAAGCUGUCGCCGCGCUGAAAAACUACCGGCAUAAAUACUUCAAAGAAGAUGUGGCGAACGACCUUCUUGAUCACGUCUACAACAUGGUCGGAGGGCGAUUGAAUUUCCUGAACCGAGUAGCCAAAUCGGAUGACAUGCUCCAGACGUGCGAUCGGAUCACCGAAAUCGAGAAGACGUGGUUCCUGAACCAGUGCUGGAUUCUCGGCAUGGAGAUGGAUGACGACGUGAUGGACCAGCAGAAGUGGGCUUCUGCCGCCAUGGUUCUCGCACUCGCCCUCGUCGACAAGGAAGAAGAAAUGGAUAAAACCUACGACGAAGUGCGAGGGCACAUUCUCCCAUCGUUCCAAAUGCACAAAGCCCAACAGAUCAUGGCUCGGUCCGACUACAUACGAGACCUCGACCGUCUCAACAUCUUCACCAUCACGAGCACCGCCAGAGUGCGGGCAAGCUCAGUGCCUAUGCAUCGGGCCUUCAAAGAUAUCUGUGCCGAACCGGGCUUCCGACAAUUUCUUGAGGACACUAUCCAGCGCAUUGCGGAUAUCGAGAGCUUGGGCCGCACGAGAGAGCUCGUCGCCAAGGACCUGGUGCUGGGUGGGAAGUAUGAGUGGACCAAGGGCUGGACUGGAAAGGUGGCCAUGAAGCUGCAGGAGAAGGAGGAGAGUAAUGAUGGGAAGAAUGGUAGUGACGACAAGGAGAAAUGAAGUGAUCGGUGAGAGAUAUGGUCACAGGUCGGGGCUGGAUUAGUCCCGCGGUCGAUUGUUUGAUUAAGGCGAUUUAGUCAUGGCUGGUCCUUGAUGAUGGAGAUGGAGGAUUUCUCACAACGAGCUUAUUUCCUUUGUAUACUGUACAUUACUGUAACAGAUGCUGGAUCAGAUAGACGUCAAGAGAAGGGCAAGCCAGAGUGAUCGCAACGAUCAGUGCGGCUCGGGUUUCAUAGUAGUCACAGCAGAGAGCCUUGAUUUGCACAUAGGCAAUAUAUCCAUGUUUCACC